UAUUUGUUGCAUGAUUGAUGCAAAACAAUUCACAGUUUCAUAUCUUGCAAAUAUGACUUCUCUGAAACAUUUCGUAUUACUUAUUUUCAUGUGUUUUAUCGUGUUUGCUGCAUCAGUUCCUUCUUCAAGAUCUUCGAGAGAUGUAUCACAAAAUGAAAACGUAGCAGCAAGAAUAUCCAGGAAGAACCCAAUAACUUUUCAUCUCAGGAAAUAUGACAUCCGUAUCGAUGGUUUGGAAAGUAUGUCGUACCCAGAUCUCAAAGAUAUAAUUCGUUCACAAUAUGUAGAAGAUGCUGAAGAAGGUAAUAUCCAAGGGAACCAAUCGUUUAAAAGUAUGGCACAAGAUCCAAUUGAGAAGAAUGUACGAAUUGAACAUGCAAAUAAAAGUGCCGAAGAAAUUGAAAACAAUGAUAUUUAUGCCACCCUAGAAGACUUGAGAAAUAAACUGGACGAAAUCGAGAAAAUAAGAAGCAGUGAACUCAAAUAUGAUGAAGCAAUUCUGGAAACGCUAAAAGAAAUAACAAGUUUGUAUAACAAGACUCUACAGAAAUCGGAUGGUGAUCUAUAUCUCACCAAAGUUGGAGUAAGCAAACCAAUAAUCACAGAAUCGUCAUUCAAAAUUGAGUCGAAAGAAGAGAGGAGGAUGAGGAAAAUGAUACCUAAAAAUUGCUUGGAAGUACUUGAAUAUGGUAAUAACGUAUCUGGUGUAUACCAAAUCCAACCAGACAGACUCAAGGAACCAUUCAUGGUUCUAUGCGAUAUGGAAAUAAAAGGUGGAGGUUGGACUCACAUCCAAAAACGAUUUGAUGGAUCAGUUGAUUUUUUUCUCGGAUGGUGGGAGUACAAGACAGGAUUUGGUGACCUUCUGGGAGAAUUUUGGAUAGGCCUUGAACAUAUUCGAUGGUUAACAGGUCUCACACCUAGCGAACUUCUGGUAGAAAUCGUCGACAGAGAUAACGUUACCAAAUAUGCCCAUUAUAAGGCUUUUGGCAUUGGCACUGAACCAGAUGGAUAUGGAUUGGAUGUCCUUUCUGGAUAUAGUGGAGAUGCUGGAGAUUCUUUAGAAUACCACCGUGGUUCAAAAUUCACCACCAAGGAUUUCGACCAAGAUAAUUACGUUGAAAACUGUGCUGUGAAGUAUGGUGGAGCAUGGUGGUUCCGUAACUGCUUUGAGAGUAACCUCAAUGGAAAGUAUAUUAACGUACCUCUGACUUCUGUUACUGCUCAUGAAGGGCUGGAUUGGCACACUUUCAGAAACAGUGGGUAUUGUCACGCAAAGUCUAGGAUGCUUGUUAAACCGGGAAGAAGUUGAAUUUCAUAUUAUUACUCUGUAAUUAUGAUAAAAUAUUAUCGAAAUUAAAUAUAUUCUUUGAAUAUAA